GUGUACUUCAUUGCAUGACAGUUAGUUUGUGAAAGCCGUGUAUUCUUGCAAGUAAUAUCGCUCAUAUUAUUUUUGCCGUUUAACUUGUAGACAGGAGAGGUUGCUAUUAAAAAUGUUCCGCAACCAGUAUGACAGUGACGUGACAGUAUGGAGUCCGCAAGGACGUCUGCAUCAAGUAGAAUACGCCAUGGAAGCAGUGAAGCUAGGAUCAGCUACUGUAGGUCUCAAAAAUAAAACACACGCCGUUCUUAUUGCGCUCAAGAGAGCGUCAUCGGAGUUGUCGGCCCAUCAAAAGAAGAUCAUACCAAUAGACAAGCACAUGGGAAUCAGUAUCUCAGGUUUAACUGCGGAUGCAAGAAUAUUGAGCCGUUACAUGCGGACCGAAUGCCUGAACUACAAGUAUGCUCACGAUGACACGUUACCCGUGAGCCGCUUGAUCUCAUCUCUGGGAAACAAAAUGCAGACAUGCACGCAGAGAUACGAUAGACGCCCGUACGGCGUCGGUUUACUCGUGGCAGGAUAUGAUGAUCAAGGGCCACAUAUAUAUCAGACGUGUCCCUCGGCAAAUUAUUUCGAUUGUAAAGCGAUGGCUAUAGGAUCUCGGUCUCAGAGCGCACGGACAUAUCUGGAGAAACAUUUGAAUGAAUUUUUAUCAUCUGAUCUAAACGACCUGGUGAAGCAUGGCCUCAGAGCACUACGUGACACCUUACCCAAUGAAGUCGAUCUGUCAGUAAAGAAUGUAUCAAUCGCAGUAGUAGGGAAGGAUCACGAUUUCACCAUUCUCGAUGAAACCGAAACGGCGACUUACUUGACUCAAAUCGAGGGCGAUGAUAAACGCGGAAGGCCUUCGGAGCCGGCCGUGCAGGACGACAGCAGGCCUCCACAGGAUCCUCCUGCCGACGAAGGUCCGCAGGAUCCUCAAGUCGCCAUUGCCAUGGAGACAGAUUAAAUAGUAUAACGUAAACUUUAUUGCAUACAAAUUACGUAUAAAACUGCAUUAAAGCUGCAUUUCAUUAUUAAAAUAUGUCAGUUUUCUAACAACGGCAAAUAAAACCACGCAACAUUUAUAGUCG